AUGGCCUCUUCUCACUCAUCGCUGCUUCACAUUCAUUCCCUUUCCCUUCGGAGAAGCUUCAGAUUAUUUGCCAGAAGCUUCUCAAGCAUUCAGAGUCCAAAGAAACUUGAUUCACUCCGCUUUUCUCCAAUUAAAUCCCCAAAGGGCUACUGUAACAUAUCCAGUAGUUUUAAUUCGGCUUUACCGGGAGUUGUUCGUGAGAAUGGGGAUGCUGCAUUUUACUCUAAAAGUGAGCGAGUACUACGCGGAGAUAUGCCGCUAGGUUCAGUCAAGCAAGAAGAGAAAACAGUGAACAGUAACCCUUCAGAUGUAAGAGUCAUGCUCAUCGACGGCACAUCAAUCAUUUAUAGAGCUUACUAUAAACUUUUAGGUAUGCUGUACGUUCCUUCUGUUGCUAUAAGUCAAGUGAUUUUCUUCACUUUUGAAUUGGAAGCAGAUGUAUUGUUUGUUGUCUACGUUGAAACAGAUGCACUGCUUUACUUUUUAUGA